AUGGCGCCCACCCAGGUGCACCACCACCGCUCAACCACCAAGGUCUCCCACAAGCCCUUCAAAAGUGGCAAGCAUGCUUCGAAGAGUGCUCUGAAGGACCAGGCGAAAGGAAAAAUUGAGAAUGAGCGGGGCACUCGCAAAACCCCCCACCAACAGCUCAAAUCUAAACUCGAUCGCCGUAACACAGCCCGCCAGCGCCAACAAUUGAAGCACCAGGAGAAGGCGCAAGCUACGAGCAUUUUCUCUGGUCAAAAUGGUGCCCCGCGUCAUGUCGCCGUCGUUCCGCUGUCCGUCGAUAUCGAUGUCAUCGCUGCCGUCCGCGCCUUGAACGAGAGUGUCGAUGUCUCCGCCGAGAUCUUCGCUGAAGGAGCCUCCCGUGUACGGAUCGAUCGCUUCAAACAGAGUCUGCUUUAUGUCCCGUCCAAACACGACCUGCUCAAUGCGCUGGAUGUUUGCCGUCUGGCCGAUUUUGUCGUCCUGGUGCUUUCCUCCGAGGUGGAGGUGGAGGAGGAAGGCGAGCUCUUGUUGCGCUCGAUCGAGAGCCAGGGUAUUUCCAAUGUUUUGGCAGUGGUCCAGGGCCUCGACAAAAUCAAUCCGACCAAGAAGCGGCCACAGGUCGCUUCUUCCCUGAAGUCCUACAUCAAUCACUUUUUCCCGACUGUUGAGAAGGUCAUGUCUCUUGACUCGCGACAGGAAUGCUCCAAUGCAAUUCGAUCUCUCUGCACUGCUACACCGAAGGGAAUCCGCUGGCGUGAUGAGCGCAGCUGGAUGUUCAUCGAGAAUGUGCAGUGGCCGGACGCUAGCUCUGAGGUGGUGGAUGAUGUUGUUGUCACUGGCGUUGUUCGCGGGCACGGCUUGAAGGCCGAUCGUAUUGCUCAUAUCCCAGGAUGGGGAGAUUUCCAGGUUGAUUCUAUAACCGCCGCUCCCCUCCCGAGCGCAAAGAACAAGCGUGAUGACGCCAUGGCUGUCGAUACAAAUGAGACCACACAGACCCUGGAUGCCCCCACCGCUGAUCAGGACGAUAUGGCUACUGUCGCGCCAGAGGAAAUCGAGAUGGAAGACGACGAUGUUGUGUCUAUGGCUGAUACUGAACGUAAGGGUGUUCUGCUCGAUGACCACCACUACUUCUCCGACGAUGAUUCGCACAUCCCCGCAAAGCCCAAGCGGUUGCCGAAGGGAACCUCAGAAUACCAGUCCGCUUGGUACCUUGAAGAUGUGUCGGACUCUGGAUCCGACCUGGAGGAUGAAGAUGGUGACCAGGAUAUGGAAAUUGAUACGGGCGGUGCCCCUGAAGAUGGUGUCUUCCCCGACAACCAAGACGCCAUGACUGAGGGCGGUCCCUCCGAGUACCCUCAAUCUGAGAUGUUCUUGGAUCCGUCACCAGAUGACGAGGCACAACAGCUUGCAGAAUACCGCGCCAGUCGGCGAACAGAGGCCGAAGAUGAUCUUGAAUUCCCCGACGAGAUCGAAUUGCACCCGAAUGUUUUGGCGAGAGAGCGUCUGGCCCGAUUCCGUGGUCUGAAGAACCUCAAGAUCAGCAACUGGGAAACCUCUGAAGAUCGCCCAUUCGAGCCCGAGGAUUGGCGACGUCUCCUGCAAUUCGGAGACUACAAAGGUACUAAGAACCGCAUCAUUCGUGAGGCUCUCGCUGGUGGUGUGAAUCCUGGUGUUCGAGUUGACGUGCAUCUGCACGCCGUGCCAUCUUCUCUCCGUCAUAAAGCUCAACCAGCUGCGCUAUUCUCGCUGCUGAGACACGAGCACAAGCAUACUGUGGUCAAUGUCAACAUGACCCUCAGCUCUAGCGUCGAGAAGCCUCUCAAGUCGAAAGAGGAGCUUGUCAUCCAGGUUGGUGCCCGCCGGAUGGUGGUCAAGCCUAUUUUCUCUUCUGCCGACAAUACUCCCAACAACGUUCAUAAGUUCGAUCGCUUCCUGCACCCUGGUCGCAGUGCCAUCGCCUCAUGGAUCGGCCCCAUGACCUGGGGUGCCGUUCCUAUCCUCGUCUUCAAGGGCAAGCAAACCGAGGCUGAUCCGGAGGUUCUGGACUCGGCUGAUGCUAACCCGCUCGCACUGGACCGACUGGAGUUGGUCGGUACCGGUACUGUAGUCGCUCCCGACCCCAGCCGUGUAGUUGCUAAGCGUGCUAUUCUCACGGGCCAUCCUUACAAGAUCCACAAGAAGGUUGUCACCGUUCGGUACAUGUUCUUCAAUGCCGAGGAUGUCAACUGGUUCAAGGCCCUGCAGUUGUGGACCCGUCGCGGCCGCAGCGGUUAUAUCAAGGAGAGUCUUGGUACACACGGUUACUUCAAGGCCACCUUCGACGCCAAAAUCAACCCGCAGGAUUCUGUCGGCAUCAGUUUGUAUAAGCGUGUUUUCCCUCGCCCGGCACGCGCUCUGGAGCAAAUUGAGGCGUAA